UAAUAUACGUGCGUGCAGCGCGAUGUGUAGUCUUACCUUCAGCAGGAAGCUGGUGCUUCUCGCCAUGUUAAUGGCGUGCUCACUCUGGCCAGGAAUGCAAUCCCAGAAUGCUACAACCAACUGCUCUGUGACUGUACCGCUGACUGCACCGGUCACAGUAGUCCCAGCUGGAGAUGCGUGCAUCAGCUGCGUUUUCAACAACUCGUUGGCUACAGAUGCAGUCUUUAACGACAUAGAAAUGUACCCCGGCAGCGUCCAAAUGGAAGGAGGAGUCCUGAUGGUGUAUGACACGGAGGAGACAUUUGGUGGUGCAGAAUCUGGCACUGGGAGCACAAGCACUGCCUUUUCUUUGAGCUGCAGUAAUGGCAUCGACAAUGUCACUGCAGCAGUGUAUGUUGAGAGUAGGUUUAUCACUAAGACUGCAUCACUGUAAUGUUAGAGUUAUACAAUGUGCAAGUUUUGAGCCACCAGUGAUUACAGGAGAGACAACAAUAGUUGAAGGCGAUGAUCUCCUCCUGCAAUGCAAUGCACCCAUCUCUAUCAUUUCCCCAUUUCUCAUGUGGUUGGACUCAGCUGGACAAGUGAUCACACAGACUGCAGACCUCGUAAUUACUAAUUUCACCAGGGACAUGGCAGGAAUAUACACCUGUGUGGCUACUUAUACUAUCACAACCAGUUUUAUAAUUAACGCUACUGACUCUGUCAUGGUGCAAAUUUCAGACCUACCAGUAAUCAGUGGAGAGACUACUAUCACGGAGGGUGGUACACUGAAUCUGGUUUGCAGAGGAGCCAACAGCUAUGCCGACCCGCAGCCAAACUCUCCAGUGGUUCUCUCCUAUUGGAGCAGAGCUCAGUACCAUUGGGAGCCUAGAGAUCGUGAACGUCACCAGAGACAUGAUGGGAGCGUUCACCUGCGUGGCCACCGAUCCCACCACCAGUGCUGCAACCAACAGCACUGUCAUCGUCAUUAUCCGGUAUCCUCCUGUGGUGGUUAUCAGUGAGGGGGGUACACUGGUCGUCUCAGAGGGUGACACCCUGCAAUUGACCUGUUUAUUUGUGGGGAACCCCUCGCCAAACUACGUCUAUUGGACCAGAGGCAGCAUUCAACUGAGUAACUCGUCAGAUCAUCGAGUGACUGUGGAGACGUACAGCACCACUCUGACUAUAGUUGGUGUCCGUGGGUCAGAGGGAGGUGAGUACACCUGCUCCGCAGUCAGUGCUGUGGGGACCGGCAGUGAAACUACAAGUGUCACAGUCCAAGCUCGACAACCAAUUUUGUUUGAAGCAAUUCAGGUACCAAAUGGUACUACUGGAGGAUGUCCAGAUACGACUCAAGCGAGGGCCACAAUAUACUCAGAACUUCGCAGUGUACUGCAAUAUUAUGUUGUUACAAACUGUACGUCUGACAACUAUGUUGGCUAAAUGUCUAGAACAGAGUCACACCAGUGGUAAAAUGUAGACCACAGCAGUUUUUUGGUUUUGUGCAUGCAAGGACAUUAUUAUGACGUGUAUACUUUUAGCUGUUAAAAUGAUGUCAGUAUUUUUGUCUAAAGUUGCUCUUGUGCAGCAAACGCUGGCUCAGAAGUAACGUUACCACAAAAUAUUCAGAACAAAACAGUAUGAAUCAAAUGGGAUGAUGAAUCAGUUAGAUCACUCCCCUUAUUCAAAUCUCUGCAAGGGUUAUUUUGAAAAUGUCACAGACCAUCAGUCAUAAUAUAUACUCAUCUCCUGUUAUUAUGAGUGUGUGUUCAGUGUUCAGUGAGAGAGAUGCACAAAAGCUGCACAACUGUGUCAACUAACAUCUGUUUCAAUUUCAUCUCUACUACCAGAAAACUAUCUGUGUUUAGCUAAGUGUUUCCAAACCACAACCACAAUCAUGCAUGACGUAACUACCACUGUGUCCUAGAGGAAAGCAUGCUUACCUUCUUCGCCAUCACUGUAUAACAAAGGGUCACCCUCGUAAGCUAGCUCAUCCAUGUCGGCGUCCCCAAACCCUCCCUCCUCCUCCUCACCAUCACUGUACUCCACAAGCCCAC